AGUCACUGCAAAGCAGCUCUGGAUGGUGCUUUCUCCCAACUUGGAGUUUCUGCUAAGCCUUACUAGAGGCAAUCAUCAGAACACUUGUUAGGUUUAGUAGGUAGUUCACCAUGAGUGACACCUCUUCAUACUCGAAUGUGCAAUGCAUCAAGCACAAUGACAGCCUCAUCCUGUAUUGCAAGGACUGCUUAGACAGCGUGUGCUGCAGGUGUUUGGUCGACGGGGAGCAUAAAGGCCAUGUAUUUAUCAGCUUCGAAGAUGCCUGCAAGCUGGAAAGUGUGAACGUAAAAGAGCAAAUCAAAAAUCUCAAGAGGAAAAUAAAAAAAAUCAAUGACAGCAUGAAAAAAUGGACCACUUCGGAGCAGAAGGUAGAGGCAAUGAUUCAAGAAGUCAAGUACUCUGUAAACAUGAAGUAUCGGGAGAUUCAGGAGAAGCUGAAGCAGGAUGAGGAGCACUCAUACCGACUGAUUGAGGCAGAGAGGCAGAGUAUGAUAUACCAAAUCCAUCAUCAAACUGAGUGCAGCAGUGCAGUCAAGGAUGCUGCACACAGUCUCACCACAGAACUUAACAACAUCUUAUCUUCUAAUUGUGACAGCAUUUCUCAGCUUAUGGAGAUAAAUUCAUUGAAAGCAAGCAUUGAACCCUUGCAUGAUAUCCAUAAAAGUUUUGACAAUGAAGUCCAAGUGAGUGAUAAGAGGUUGAAAGCCUUGGAGAACAGCGUUGAUGAUUUGUUGGUUCUCAUCAGGAAACUUCUGCCAAGACCUUGGGCAUAUUCUGAAAAUAUCACUUUGAAUCAGGACACGGCUCAUGUUUGCCUUGAUGUGUCAGCAGAUGAGAGAGAGCUUAAAUAUUCUACAAAGCAGCGGAUUGUGCCAAUAAAGAAUGAAUGCUUUACCACUGCACAAAACAUUCUGGCAAACCAGAAGUUUUCAAAUGGUCGCCACUACUGGGAAGUGACAGUCCAGAGCAAUGAAGAGUGGACCAUUGGUGUGGCUUCUGAGUCAAUAGCACGUAAUGGGAAUAAGAGAGAUGUUACUCUGGGUCAGAAUAAAAAUUCUUGGGUUCUGCAAUUGGUUGAUGGUGACUACUAUAUCAUGCAUAAUAAUGAAAGCAUUGCACUGGAUAUCCGGGAGCGCAUGAAUCGAUUAGGUGUUUUCUUGGACUAUGAGGAAGGUCGACUGUCUUUCUACAAAACAGACAACAAAUGGAAUCACAUCUUCACUUUCAAAUGCAAGUUUCGUGGUGCUGUAUUCCCUGCUUUCAGCCUAGGUUGUCGUCAAAAGAAAACCUGGCCUUUGAUUAUGUGUCAUUUGGUACCAAUUCCUGACUUUGAAAGACUGUCAGAUAUCCAAGAAGAUAUAGAUAGUGAAUGUUCUGAUAAAAGCUCUGUGCAGCUUCCUGAAAAGUAAUCCACAAAACCAGAGAUAUUUGCCACAGUAAAUUUAUAGUUAAGUCUUACAAAACUGCUAUGAGCUGGUUUGUAUUACAGUAAUUCACAGUAAUAAAAGUGAAAUCAGUGCUCUUUCCAAAGAUUUCCUCUGAGGCAAGUCCUAGGGUUACAUGUGUUUAAACCCUUGGUUAUUUGUAUCAAUUGGAAGAUCUUCAUAUACAGAGACAAUGUUCAAUGAUCUUUUCAAUAUCUUUUCAAUAUCAACCUCUUCAGGUGGAUGCACAGAGAACAUAAUCUACUUUGUACUGAACAGAGACAAAGGUGUCUAGCAGAGUCUCCAAGCCCAUCAUGAGAGAAAAAUCCAAAAUUAACAAAUUAAAAAAUUUGCAUGUAAUGCAUGUUUAACAAGAUUUUGAGAAGCAUAUCUUUUAUUUUAACUCUUCAAAAAAAAUACCACUGUAAAAGAAUAACUCUUAGCACAUUAAUGCUAAUGUUAAUGAAAUGCUGUAAAGGCCUGAUUAAUAUUUAGCAGAUUGUUUAUACCUUUAAUAAUAUAGUAACUCUAAAAACAUAAUAAGGUAAAGCUGGAUACAUUGAACUGUCAUUUUUAAAACACAGCAAUACAUGCAGCAACAUAUGUAUGUAACUGCAUGGCGGCAAUGAGACAGCAGUAAGUCUCCAUGUCACAGAUAGCAGAAAUCAUUUUAUUUCUAAGCCAUCAAAGGGUGUUCUUAAAGCAUAAGAGGUUGCUUUCAUUGGAGAUUAGCACAAAAUGCCAAAUUCAAUGGAAAAUAAUAUUUUAUCGAAGUACAUUGUACUUUCCUACAUAACAGUUUUGGUAGAGGAAGAUGUGAGAUUUCUUCACAGAGUUAGUUUUAUACACAGCACUUGCGGUAUCUCUGGAUUGAGAGAUGAAAAUGAAGUGAAGAAGACUUAACACCACAAUGAAGCCCAGAAUGGCCCACUGCAAGGAUACUUUGGAAGGUUUCCACAGUCUUUCUUAAAGAAAAUCAGAAUCCCUCAAGAGAAUCUGGAGAUUGCUACUGUGGAAAAGCAGGUCUAAUCUGUCUUCAGAACUCUACAAAUCGCAACAGGAUAAGCAAUAACAAAUAUGCAUGGUUAUUUGAAAGUGUGUAAUCUUCCAAAUUUUAUAUAUUGAUCUUUAAAAGGUUAUUGCUAUAAUAUCUAUUUAUUUAUUUAUUUUCAACAAAUACAGUAAUCCCAAUUAUUCUUGAUAACAUUAAAGAAGCAUGUUUUAAGUAUUUUUGUUAUUGUUU